CAUUUAAAUAAUAAAAAAUGUUUUUUUACAGAAAAGUACAGAUGAAGACACUGCAAAUUGACGAUUUAAAAAACGUUCCACGCGGCAAGACUUAUCCAUCCCCGAGGUCACAAUCAACUACGUCGGCGUCCACCCAAAAUCUCCGUGGAUAGCUGAAUAAAAGCAUAUCUAACGUACGAGAUCCUCUUUCAAAUCGCAUCGUAGCAGAUCAUUUACAUCAAAUUUAUUACAUUAUAUAAUUCGAAACCAUAAAAGAUCUAUUUAUCCAUCUUCAUCUUGCUUUCUUUCCUUAAAUCAUCUAAAUCUUCACGUUACUUCUUUAUCUGCAUUUCAACUUAACCAUGGCUUCGAUUGUCUGCAGUUCCGCUCCUUUCACGAUCCGAGCAUCUUCCGGAUCCGGAUCCAUGAAAAACCCGGAUCCAAACCGCAAGAAACCUGUUUCUUGGUGGGCUCCUCUCUUCGGCAUACCCUCCGAGCCGGAUUACCUCAACAUCGAAACCUCCUCCUCCGUGGCUCCGGAAUCGAACGGGUCGGGUCAGGAUCCGGGUCAAAAGCUUCGUCGUCGCGGGUGUCUCACGGAGGAGAAAGCUAAGGAGUUGAGGAAGAAAAUCGCAGAAGCUUCCACGUUCCACGAAGUUAUGUAUCAUUCAGCGAUUGCGUCUCGGCUCGCUUCUGAUAUCUCGGGUCGGAUCAAGGAGUAAAACGAAUCCGGGUCGCUGUUUUUCGGAUCUGGAGAUCAAUUUGUCGAAUCCAAAUGUUUCCUCUUUUAGUUGUCGUGUUUUUUGUAGGUUUCUAGCGGACCAUCUUCUGUCGGUGCUUGUUUUUCAUUAGAACCGUUGGAUUGGGUAUUGUCUUUUGUGUUGUGUUGUAUUGUCUUGUUCUUAAGAACCGUUGGAUGUUUGGUUAAUUAAUUAGUUACCGUUAAGUUAACGGCGUUAACCUAUGUUCAAUUUUCUUUUAACUGUAACAAACCGUUUGAUCU